GAUGUCUUUCAGCCCGUCCUCAUCAAAGCAUAUGACUAUGAUUUUGGAUUUCAGGACGACUUCCUCGGCGCCACUUCUAUUGAUUUGACAAAACUUGAUCUCCAACAUCCAACAGAUUUGCAUUUAGCUUUGACUGAAUCGGGUUUAGAGGCAGAUACAGGCGCUCAAUCAUGGGGUGAAAUCUUUUUAACGGUCACUCUAAUUGCCAAAACUCAGGAAGAAAAAGAAAUGCACUUCAGUCGCGGCACAAAGACUGUGAGUGUAGGAAGUGGUGGCGAAACAGCAGUCAAGAAACUAAAGACUCAACUUUGGGAUAGUGUUGUGAAUAUAGUGUUAGUUGAGGCCAAGAAUCCCGUCCUCAUCAAAGCAUAUGACUAUGAUUUUGGAUUUCAGGACGACUUCCUCGGCGCCACUUCUAUUGAUUUGACAAAACUUGAUCUCCAACAUCCAACAGAUUUGCAUUUAGCUUUGACUGAAUCGGGUUUAGAGGCAGAUACAGGCGCUCAAUCAUGGGGUGAAAUAUUUUUAACGGUCACUCUAAUUGCUAAAACUCAGGAAGAAAAAGAAAUGCACUUCAGUCGCGGCACAAAGACUGUGAGUGUAGGAAGUGGUGGCGAAACAGCAGUCAAGAAACUAAAGACUCAACUUUGGGAUAGUGUUGUGAAUAUAGUGUUAGUUGAGGCCAAGAAUGUGACCGAUGAGAAUACUUCCAGUGAUAUUCAUUGUAGAUUUAAAUUAGGUUCCGAUAAAUAUAAAAGCAAAGUGGUUCCAAGAACUUCAAGUCCGGUUUGGGCGGAACAGUUUGAUUUGCACACAUAUCUGGAUCAGUCCAAAGUGUUGGAGAUAUCUCUAUUUGGAAGGGAAGAGUUGGGAAAGUGUUCCAUCAAUUUGAAUGAAUUGGCUGCUGAAGAAACCCAUAAGCUAUGGACUCCUUUAGAAGGAGGCGCCUCUGUGUUGAUUUUGCUUACCAUUAGUGCUACACUUGGAUCCGAUACUGUUUCACAUCUCAGCAAUUGUGAUGACAGCAGCUCUGACCAACAUUUGCUACAAAAUAAAUAUAAUUUAUGGAGAAGUUUAAGUGACAUAAACGACAUUGGCAUUCUUGUAGUGAAAGUAUUCAGAGCCGAAGCAUUAGCCGCAGCUGACAUCGGAGGCAAAAGUGAUCCAUUUUGUGUCCUCGAGUUAGUCAACUCUCGAUUGCAAACCAAUACUGAAUAUAAAACAUUAAGUCCUGAAUGGAAUAAAAUCUAUACUCUUAACGUAAAAGAUAUUCACUCUGUUUUGGAAAUAACUGUUUAUGAUGAGGAUAGAGACAAAAAAGUGGAAUUCUUAGGCAAAGUUGCCAUUCCUUUGCUAAAGAUUAAAAACAAUGAGAAAAAGUGGUUUGGAUUAAAAGAUAAGAAAUUAUUAAAUCGAGCGAAGGGACAGAUUCUGUUGGAAAUGAAUGUGUAUUAUAAUAAGGUUAAAGCGAGCAUCAGAACAUUCAAUCCGAGGGAAACCAAAUUUAUAAAACCAGAGCAAAGAUUUAAAAGAAUAGUAUUUAUACGAAAUGUUAGUCGAAUUAAAGGCUUAAUUAUGGAAAUCUAUGAGAUCUUGAAAUUAAUGAACAGUUGUUUUCAAUGGGAAUCUGUGUCCCGAAGUAUUAUAUCUCUCACUAUAUUCUUAAUCACAACAUAUUUCUUCGAGCUCUAUAUGGCGCCCGUCUUUGUACUCAUUUUAUUCAUCAAAAGCUAUGUUUGGAUUAAAGUCGAGAAUUAUUUCAAUCCCUCUUUAAAAGACGAUGAGAUUGAAGAAUCAGACGACGGAACCGUUGAUGACGAGGACGACGAGACGAAAAAUGAGGAAAAGAAAUCACUGAAAGAAAAGCUGCAAACGGUUCAAGAAAUCACAACAAUGAUCCAGAAUAUUAUCGGAGAAAUUGCAUCGUCAGGAGAAAGAGUCAAAAAUACAUUCAACUUCAGUGUGCCUUUCCUUUCAUGGCUGGCAAUCAUUAGUCUGUCAAUCAUAACAGUCGUGUUAUAUUAUAUACCAUUAAGAUAUCUAAUCAUGGGGUGGGGUAUCAAUAAAUUUACUAAAAAACUUCGCUCUCCCGAUGCAAUCAAUAACAACGAAUUAUUAGACUUCUUGUCGCGGGUGCCCGACGUCGACGAAAAGAUAAUGUAUAGGGAAUAUAAAAUCCAAGCCAAUCAUCACUUGAACGCAACGGAUGACCGCAAGAGGAAGAAGAAGACAGUUUGAGUAUUCAUUGCAUUCCUCUCUCAAUGCAUUUAAUUCUUUCGCAAAC